ACGUAGCGAGCCACUGAAAGCACGGGAGCCUCAGUACAAGCACCAUGCAUGUCCUUCUCCUCUUGGCCUGCCUCGCGGCUGUGGGCAAUGCUUACAACGCCAAGGUACCAGUCCAGGUCCUGCCAGAGAGAUUCGAUACCUUCCCGGGAAGAAAUCCAUCCUUGACCAGACCAGCAGUAGUGGGAGUUCAGACGCUCCCAGGAAGAGUGCCACCUCAGACUUUACCGGGAGUAGUUGGAGUCAGUCCCUUGGUCUCCCCGGGCCGCCCAGGCAUCACAGGCUCCAUCAGGCCCUUCCAACGUCCAGGCCAAUACUCGUUCACCCGCUACAACUGCAGGAGACAAUGCCCGGGGUACGAAAGCGGUAAUGCGAGGUGCUGCAGGCUGUCUGGUGACUGUUGCGGCAAUUCCUAUCCAAUCCCUUACAAAGGCUAGAGUGGACGCAACACCUUUCAUACACCAAAUGAAUUCUGGACCCUCCUGAUGACGACACAUGACCGCAGCCGACCAUCUUCACCUGGGAAAUCCAACCCUUCCACCAGAUACGAGUACAUCCCUGACCACCAGCACACCCUCAGCCUCCCGUGUUAGCUUUCUCACUUAGCUUAGUCUACUGCGCAGGUGUCACGUUACUUGUCACCCCUGCACCUGUUGAUCUAAUGUUGCUGUUACUGUUGUGCUUGCUUUGUACGUAAGUUGAAAGUUAAUAGUGCAUUCAUUGAGUCUUAAAUGUAAAGUGAUUAAAAGUAUGUGUUUAUUGUUAAUGUUGUGUUUGUGUUCUGAACGUGAGCUGAGUUAGUGGUGUUUUUAUUGAGUCUUAAAUGUAUCCCCUGCAUAAAGGAAUAAAGAAAAUAAGUACU